UGGUAACGCGAGCUUGUAAGCCAAGUGGAGGCACCAAAGUAAUGGGACAUUGGGCCGGCCUCAAAGGCUGGGCUUGGUGAGUCGACUUCCGGCCUGCCCGCUCCAAGCUUGGAGUUGGGCCAGGAAGGUUUGGCGAAGGCCUGAGCCGACCUGGUUCCUAGAGUCGGGAGAUAAUGCGCCAGGCUGGUUUCACAGAGCAGCGCGGCUCCCCGCUCUAGGCAGUGGAGGGAUAACAGGCCGGUGAUUCUCAAGCCCGCAUAGCCUGCCUCCUUCUUUUCUUUCUUCUUCUGCUAUCUGGGUUCGGAACUUCGGAUCAAAUACCCAGAGCUGAAACUUUCUCGCGCUUUCCGCCCUUCCAAACAACUUUCCUUCACCGCGCUGACUUGCAGCCAGAGGAGAGGAGGUGAAUCCGCGGGAGAAUGGUUAUAGCUGUAGCGGUGCUAAUUCUGGGCGUCUUGUUGGGAGCCUUGUUUCUGAUUCCACGAAACUCUGCAGCCAAGGUUAAUGUUGGCAACGCUUGGUUGCUUGUCUGGAGUGAAUAUGGGUUGAGGAGGGAUUUGGAAAACGUAUACGGAGUGUACAGCAAAGCUGAGAUCGCCUUGCAUGACAAGAGAACUGAUUGUUGGAUCAUUGUAAAGAACAGGAUUUUUGACGUUACCUCGUAUGUAGAAGAACAUCCCGGUGGUGAUGCUAUUCUGACGAAUGCUGGAAGCGAUUCAACCGAAGGGUUUUAUGGGCCGCAGCAUCCUGGUGGAGCUUUUCAAUUGAUUGAGGACUACUGCAUUGGAGAGCUGGAGAAGUAGUUCUUAGCCUGGGGUUUGGGUUCAUCUAACACCACAUUGCACAUUCUAUUUGUAUCAACUUGAUUCUUCUCCUGGCCAUGCUGCUGAACUGCACUGCAGCGUUUUCGCACUGAGAAGAUAAUGAUCCAAUUACUUGAUUCCUCGAGUCGCAGCAUGUUAUGUCGUACGCAUGAGUGAGGAGAUAAAGAUUCAGUUGUAGACUGGAACUCAGUCUUUCUUCUUGGUUCUCUAUUAUCACCUUACUCACGCUGCGUUAGGAUCUUUCGGCAAUACAGCAGCUAUAGGAUAAUAAUUUUGGGAGAAACUUGCUGCUGCCACGCCAUCUUAUAAGGGAAUCUGCCUCGAUGAGUAUUCCUCCUCUGCCAAGC